AUGCUUUUCCUCCAUGGUCUCUGCCUGUCAUUGUCUUUCACCACACACAAGCUCAACGCGGCGCAGUGCAGCACCACCAAACCGACUACCUCCAAUAUGUCACAUCCAGAGGAUGGUGACAUGCCCCUCGGCGGACCAGUCAGUGUUGUGGCGCAGCUGCAGCACCAGAACGAAGAGCUAUCGUCCGAGAACUUCUCCGUCCAGGUCGCCAUCGAUGCGCUCCCCGCGAGAAAGAGGACUGGACCAAGGGAAAUGGAGGCGAAGGAGGCACACUCGGACAUUCUCGAUGAGCUGCAAAAGUUGCAAGAGGAGAAUGAAGAGCUGAAAAAGGCACUGCGUCACAAGGAAAAGGCUCCGAAGCAUGCAGAGCAGGAUCGUGAUGCAACUACCAAAGCGCUGGACAAUCGCCUGCGCCAGCGUUCUCAAGGCGUGUACGCUGAGCAGCUGGUGGAAGAAACAAGGGCGCUAAGAGAGUCGCUGGCCAACGAGAUCGCCGAAGAGGCAUACAUGUUAGACACCUCUGAUGGAAAGGUCAAAUUCAUUAUCCCGGUACGCAUCCGCGUCGAGGCUAGAGACUCUCAGGCGGUUGUUGAGAGUAGGAAGUGGAGGGAGGGAAGUGAGGCGGGAGCAGCCUGA